AUGAAUAGGUUUCUGUUGUAUGAUGUAAACCCUGGGGAAGGUUUCAAUCUGAGAAGAGAUGUGUACCUGAGAAUGGCGAACCUGGUGAAGAUGCUUAACAAAGUUCAAUUGUGGACGUUGGUUUUGCCAGCUUGGAAUCAUUUGUAUCACUGGAGAUCUGAUGUUAACCAAACAAAUAUCCCAUGGUAUACAUUUUUUGACAUUGGUAGCUUGAAUAAACAUGUUCCUGUCAUUGAGUUCCAUGAUUUUGUGAAAGUAAUGGAUGGCAGGCCUAUUGAUGAUGUCAUUUAUUUCCAGCACUACAAGGAAGGGUGGGGAGGCAAGUGGGUUGAGAAGAUGGAUGACAGAGAAUGCAAUGACAACCAUCCUUUCUAUCAAUUAGAAGAUGGCUUAUGGCAUUGGUACAUGCCAAACAUAACAUCAGUGAGAUUCAAAUGUGUGAGCAUCCAAGCAGAAUACAGUUUUUUGAAAGACUACCUCAUCCAUAAUUUAUCAAAUUCCUGGGCGGUGAUGUUUCCACGAGGUGAGCAGGUCAUGCAUGGAGAAUAUUCAGAAUGGACUGCCAGACGUAGUGUACGUUUUUCCAAAGAUCUUGUAAGUAUUGGCGAUAAGUUUCGAUCAACUAUGUUGGAUUCUGAUGACUUCAGAGACCAAACUGUCAUGGAAGACAACUGGAAAAAAAUGAAACGAAAACACGGAGAUGCCCUUGGCGGUCCGUACCUUGCGGCCCACCUGAGAAGGAGGGACUUCCUGUAUGGACACCAGGACAAACUUCCUUCCAUGAAAGCUGCAGCCCAGCGCAUCAAUGAAAUAUUGGAUGAUCUGCACUUGAAAAAAGUUUUUGUGGCUACUGAUGCUUCAGGCGAAGAGCUUGAAGGACUAAAGAUCAACAUAAAACCUUCAGUAGAAGUUUACAGAUACCAGGGUGACAAAAACGUUCUCAGAAAAUACGGCGAUGGAGGUGUAGCCAUCAUCGAUCAGUGGAUCUGCGCUCAUGCCAGAUACUUUAUUGGAACCACAUCCUCAACAUUCUCAUUCCGUAUACAUGAAGAGCGUGAGAUCCUGGGCUUCAGACAAGAAACUACGUACAAUGCUUUCUGUGUAGAUGGUAACUCUGCAUGUGAGCAACCAAGUAAAUGGAAAAUCAUAUACAAAAAGUAA